GGAUCUGACACCAGCAUGUGGACAGUACCCGAUGAACACCAUCCCUGAAUUUCACUUCAACAAGACUCGCGAGAGGCCAUGCUCUUUGCCCUCCGUUUCCUUCUAAUCCCCCCCGCAUCUCCAUCACCAUGAUCUCACCUGCUGGCAGAACUACGAUGGAUUCCCUUCCUUUCGCUACCACACCCCUCCGCUUCCUUGCCUCCUGCCGAGGAACUCCCUCACUGAUCAACAUCACCUCCUACCCAUCGCCAAUUGUUGCCUCCCUCCCUCCUCUUCGGCUGAAACCCUUCCCUUCUCCCUCUCCCUCCAGGUCGUUGCUGAUCUUACCUCCCCGGCGGACUGGUUGUCGCUCUCAUGGAUGCCUUCAUGAUCAUUCUCAUCACCAUCAUCAUGAUCAACACCAUCAUUAUCACCAUCACCACCAUGGGCAUGAAGGAGGUGGGGGGGAGUUGACCCGGGCUCAAGAAGUAGUCUUGAGGUUCGCUAAGAUGGUGGGCUGGGUUAAUCUCGCGAACUUCCUGAGGGAACAUCUCCAGCUUUGCUGCUGUUCCAUGGGUCUGCUCCUUCUUGCUGCCGCUUGCCCUUAUGCCCUUCCGACCCGGGUUGUAAGGGCUUCUCAGAACGCUCUCAUUGCUGUCGCAUUCCCUCUUGUUGGGAUCUCAUCAGCACUUGAUGCUGUUGUAAACAUAGCUGGUGGAAAAAUAAACAUACAUGUCCUCAUGGCUCUUGCUGCAUAUGCGUCAAUUUUCAUGGGCAAUGCCUUGGAAGGAGGCUUGCUUCUUGCAAUGUUUAAUCUUGCCCACAUUGCUGAAGAAUAUUUUACAAGCCGGUCAAUGAUUGAUGUCAAAGAAUUGAAGGACAAUUAUCCCGAUCAUGCACUAGUGUUGGAAGUCAAUGAUGAUCAGCCGGUUCAAUUUUUGAAAUUGAAUUACAAAAAGAUUCCUGUUAGUGACCUUGAAGUUGGAUCUUUUAUUCUGGUCAGAGCUGGUGAGGCUGUGCCAGUGGAUGGUGAAGUUUUUCAAGGAGCAUCUACUGUUACUAUUGAGCAUUUGACUGGGGAAGCAAAGCCACUUGAGAGGAAAGUGGGGGAUGCUAUCCCUGGUGGUGCGAGGAACUUGGAAGGAAUGAUGACUAUAAAGGUAAGCAAGUCGUGGAAAGAUUCAACAUUGAGCAAAAUUGUUCAAUUGACUGAAGAAGGGCAGCUAAACAAAGCGAAACUACAAAGGUGGCUGGAUGAAUUUGGUGAACAUUAUAGCAAGGUAGUUGUAGCUCUAUCUUUGGGAGUUGCUCUUCUUGGGCCAUUUCUUUUCAAGUGGCCCUUUAUUGGUUCUCCAGUUUCCAGGGGCUCUGUUUAUCGUGCCUUGGGGCUUAUGGUUGCAGCAUCACCUUGUGCAUUGGCUGUUGCCCCUCUAGCUUAUGCUAUCGCAAUAAGUUCAUGUGCAAGUAAGGGAAUACUGCUAAAGGGAGGGCGUGUAUUAGAUGCCCUUGCAGCUUGCCAGAUUAUUGCAUUUGAUAAAACUGGGACGCUUACAACAGGAAAGCUUAUGUGCAAGGCCAUUGAACCCAUUCAUGGGCAUUUUGUUGGACUGAACAAGUCUCAUUUUUCAUCUUGUUGUGUUCCUAGCUGUGAAAAAGAAGCUCUAGCUGUAGCUGCAGCCAUGGAAAAGGGUACCACACAUCCGAUUGGAAGGUCAGUGUAAACAAUCAUGAAUGCUGCAUAUUCCUUUUUCUUU